AUGUCUAAAGUAGCAUCAUCACUUCCUGUUUUCCCCCAGGAUGCCAAACCGAACUCAAACUCCACUCGGCACACUGCAACUUUUCAUCCUUCCAUUUGGGGAAAUUAUUUCCUUUCCUAUGACACCAUUUCUGAAGAAGAUGAUAGCGACAUCAAGCUUCAACUAUUGAAAGAGGAUGUGCGGAAGAUGAUUGUCUCUCCAGUUGAUGACACUUUCCUUUUUAAAUUAAACUUCAUUAACUCAGUCCAACGUUUGGGUGUUUCUUAUCAUUUUGAACGCGAAAUCGAUGAAGCACUGCAUCAAAUUUAUGGGAUUGCAACGAAGGACAAUAACAUCGUAAGUCACGAUGAUGAUCUUCAUCAUCUGGCUUUACUCUUUCGGUUGCUUAGACAACAAGGAUAUCGUAUUUCGUCAGAUGUAUUUUGCAAAUUCAAGAACGAAACUGGAAACUUUAAGGAAAGCAUAGUGAAUGAUGUACAAGGAAUGUUGAGCUUGUAUGAGGCAGCCCAAAUAAGAAUCCAUGGAGAAGAGAUACUGGAAGAAGCAUAUAGUUUUACUCUCAUUCAGUUAACUCGGUCAUUAACCACAAAAUUAAGCCCCUUUCUCUCUGGGUUAGUGCACCAUAGCUUAGCACAGUCACUUCGCAAGGGAAUGCCCAGGUUGGAGGCAAGAUAUUAUAUAUCUUUCUACCAAGAAGAUCCCUCACAUAAUGAAAGUUUGUUAAUCUUUGCAAAACUAGAUUUUAAUAUGUUACAGAAGCUCCAUCAAAAAGAAGUCAGCAUUGCAACCAAAUGGUGGGUUAAAGAUUUGAACGUGUCAACAAACUUUCCAUUUGUACGAGAUAGGAUUGUGGAAGGAUGCUUCUGGAUUAUAGGAGUGUACUAUGAGCCGCAAUACUGUCUUGCCAGAAGGAUAAUGAUGAAAGUAAUGGCCAUAUCAUCCAUUAUUGAUGAUGUGUAUGAUUCUUAUGGAACCAUUGACGAGUUGAAGAUUUUCACCAAUGCAAUAGAGAGGUGGGAUAUCUCCUCGUUGGUUAAUCUCCCAGAAUAUAUGAAGUUAUGUUAUGUGGCACUUUUGGAUGUUUUUGAAGAAAUACAGCUUGAGCUGAGAAAGGAAGGAAAAGAAUACUUCGUCAAGUAUGCUGAAAAACAAAUAAAGAGACUAGUCCAAGCAUAUCUUAUUGAGGCAACAUGGUUUCAUUACAACCACACACCGACAGUGGAGGAGUACAUGGAAGUUGCAACUAUGUCGUGUGGUUAUGCUAUGUUGACAGCUGUAUCUUUCUUGGGCAUGAAAGACACAACAGAGGAGGCCCUCAUAUGGGCAACGAGUAACCCUAAAUUUAUUGUAGCUGCUUCAACUAUUUGUAGGUUCAUGGAUGACAUUGCUGGAAGUGAGUUUGAGCAAGAAAGAGGACACGUUGUCUCAAGCCUUGAUUGCUAUAUGAAGCAACACAAUACCUCAAGGCAAAACGCCAUUAAAGAACUGCUUAAGUUGAUUGAGAGUGCUUGGAAGGACAUUAAUGAACAAUGCCUUAAUCCUACUCAACUUCCAAUCGCUUUUCUUAUGCGUGUUCUGAACCUUACACGCAUGAUGGAUGUGCUUUACAAAGAUGAAGAUUCUUAUACACAUUCAGGAGGAAUAAUGAAGGAUUACAUCAAAGCUUUACUAGUUAAUAACAUCCCUAUAUAA